AUGACUGUGCUCCUGAGGAGAAUUCUGCUGCCCCUGCUUCUGUUCGUUUGGAUCUCGUGUAGCAAUGCACAAAGCAACAAAGACCUUCCAAAGCCCGUGAUCAAGACAUCUGUGGAUCACCACGUCCUUACGGACACCAACUUCACCCUCGUUUGCGAACAGUCCGCCUUCGUUGAAUCCUUAUACGGAAUCGAGUGGCAGACACCGUCUGUCGAUAAGAAUCGCAGAUUUACCACCGCAGAAAUCGAUCCCAAGACAAGGAACAGCACACACCUGAUGGACAGGAAAACUUUGACUAUAUUGAAUGCCCAGAAGUCAGAUUCCGGUACAUACACGUGUGUAACUACAGAUAAUUUCCAGCUUAUCACACAAUAUGCCAGCUACAUGAUCAAAGUUAUAGCACCAAACGAAAGCUAUCUAAAUGUCUACGAGCCGUCGGGCCAUUACAAUGUCCAAGAAUUGUCUAACCGCACCAUUCAAAUGAGGGCCAACUUUAAGGGAUAUCCAACGCCCACCUUCAGCUGGUUCAAGCCCGACGGAACAGAGGUGCGACAUUCGGAGCACAACUUCAAGAUCCUCUCCGAGGAGAUGGGUACAACGCUUCAGGUGCUGAAUGCCCAGUUGCAGGACAGCGGCACCUACAUCCUGAAAGCCACCAAUUCCAUGGGGAGCGUGCAUCGGGAGUACAACGUCAGUGUGAUAGAUGGUCCAAACCUGAGCAUGUCGGACGUCUACGUCAAGGUGGGAACAGUGGGGCAACUGGAGUGCACCGUUCGCGCAUAUCCGUCGGCUACAGUCACCUUCUUUUUCCAACCCUGUGGAUUUGAAUCCAGUUGGCCCACUGCCGAAAGGAAAUAUCAGAACUUCAGCAUACCAAGUGUACGGGAGAAAUAUCAGUUUCAGUUCAAGCCGAGACCCGGAAAACUAAGUGUGGAAAGUAUUUACAACGUAUCCUUCAUACCCACGGAGCCGGGAAUCCUCACUUGCAUUGCCCAAAACAUCGUGAAUGGACAGGAACGAAGGUCAUUGACCCAGGCUCACGUACUGCUGGGCGAUACUUUCGAGAACAUGACGAUACAUGACUUCGAUAAGCAUCACAAGAUCGCCAAAGGGGAUUAUGUGAACUUCACCUGCGAGGCCCUUGCCUAUCACUUUGCUCCAAUGUGGGUAAAUACCAGCUUGAAUGACCACUCCAAAAUAGAGCGAAAAUUGAGCGAAGGGGUGGAUUUGGAUUGCGACUCGAAAGCUAUUCCCUUGGCCACGGUACGCUGGUACAAGGACGACAAGGAUCUGGACGCAGGGAUCUUGAAAUACGAAUACGUCACAGAAAGUAAUUCCACGCUGCGUAUCACGAAUAUCAAUCCAUUGGUCGAAGGCGUCUACAGGUGUGUGGUGGAGAACCGGUUCAACAGAAUCGAGAGGUCCUUUACGGUUGUUAUUACGGAUAUACCCGGCAUCAGCAUGGCCUGGGUGUGGUUCGGUGUGAUUCUCUUCCUCAUCGUGACAGGCCUGUGUCUCUUCCUGGGCAUUCGAUACCAGAAGAAGCCCAAGCGGCGUCUGGACCUCAAGGCAGCCGGUUUGGCCAAUUUCGAAAAGGGUGCCGUGGGACACAUUAAUCCCGACCUGACCCUGGACGAGCAGGCGGAGCUUUUGCCCUACAAUAGGUUAUUCGAGUUCCCGCCAGAGAACUUGAAGCUGGGCAAUCAGCUGGGAGCCGGAGCCUUUGGUGUGGUGCUCAAGGGAGAGGCCAGGGGAAUCCGAAAGGAGGAGCCCGUCACCACGGUGGCGGUCAAGAUGGUCAAGCGAACGGCAGACAACGAGGUGGUGAGGGCACUGGUCUCCGAGCUCAAGAUUAUGGUCCAUCUGGGCCAGCACUUGAAUGUGGUCAACCUCCUGGGAGCCGUCACCAAAAAUAUUGCGAAACGCGAACUUAUGGUCAUUGUUGAGUACUGUCGCUUUGGCAAUAUUCAGGACUUCCUUUUGAGAAACAGGAAGAGCUUUAUCACUGUCAGUCCGGAUUCCGAUCACAUAGAUCCCAGCAUCAUGACCCAGCGCAUUUCGGACAACUUUAAUCCGCACGGCGAUGCGAAUGGUGGUGGCCUGAAGUACGCCAAUAUCGGUUUCCCGAUCCACUCGUACGUCAAUGAACCGCACAACAACAACACGCAACCGCCACCUCACCUCACUUACAAUACAGACUCAAUGGAGACGAUGACAGUGACCACCGUUGACUUGAUCAGCUGGGCAUUCCAAGUGGCCCGUGGAAUGGAUUACCUGUCCUCGAAGAAGGUGUUGCACGGCGAUCUGGCCGCCAGAAAUAUUCUCCUCUGCGAGAACAAUGUCGUUAAGAUUUGCGACUUUGGUCUGGCUCGAUCCAUGUAUCGAACGGAUAACUACAAAAAGUCAAAGGGUGGCAAGCUGCCCGUUAAGUGGCUAUCGCUAGAGUCACUCAGCGAUCAUGUCUUUAGCACCUACAGCGACGUUUGGUCCUACGGAGUUGUCCUCUGGGAGAUGUUCUCACUGGCAAAGGUUCCUUAUCCGGGCAUAGAUCCCAUGGAGCUGUUCAACAAACUGAACGACGGCUACCGCAUGGAGAAGCCGCCAUACGCCAAUCAGGAGCUCUACGAGAUUAUGCUGGAGUGCUGGCGGAAGAAUCCUGAGAGCAGACCUUUGUUUGCAGAGCUGGAUAAGCGGUUUGGCAACAUACUGAGCGAAGAUGUAGCGAAACACUACAUAGACUUGAACAACCCGUACAUGCAGAGCAACAUGGAGUACAUGAAGACCCAGUCUACUGAUUACCUCGCCCUCAUGGCGUCCCCCGAUGAGUUGGCACCCGCCACUCCGCACUACGUGAAUGAACAAAUAGUGCCCAAUAUCCGAGACAGGCAAUCGCCGACGUUGAAUAACACGUUGUCAAGACUCUGA